GAGGAGUUGGAGGAGAAACUCGCACAAGAUCGUGGCAAAUUGAAUGAACGGAUGCGCCAACUACGUGAACAGAUGCACAGUUACCAGGAUCGUCUGGCGCGUGAUUUCCGAGCUCAAUGUGACCAAGAGAAAGCUGAGCUCAGCGGACGCAUCAAAAUUCGUGCUGAGAAGCUUGAAGAGGCCGUAAGUCAACCAACAAGCCUGGUAUUGGUCUGUGGGAAAGGAGCCCAGAAAGUCGAGGAAGUGCAAAGAUUUUAG